AACGACAGCCUGAGUAUCUCGAUCAUCAUGGAAGACGAUCGCCUUUUAGCGCUCGAGCAACCGUACAGCUGAUUCAAAUAUUCAGAUACUCAAGUUCCAGCUAAAUGGUCAGUGCGACGCGGCGGUAACUUGUGGUCACCGCUGCAGGCUCACAAUCUGUGUCAAUACUUAUAAGACACCUAGUGGGUAGUUAUCUAUGUCCACAUGCACGAAAUUGACAGGUACAACAAUCAGAACUCGCUGCGCUGCUUCUCUCAUCUGCUUGUCUGUCUGACUCGGAGUCUACGCCUUCUAAAACUAUGCCGAUCGACAAGAAUGAUAUUGAAGAAGAGCAAAUUCAUUUCGCGAAUGUCGUCACGACCUUUCAGCAGUAUGCUGCAUACGCGCUUACUGCGAACAAUCGUCGCAGAAAGGAUAUCUAUACACUGCCGAAAGCUGAUCAGGAUCUUCUAAUAGGGCUUGGUUAUAGAGAAAAACUCGCAGAAGUAGACAAAGCCAUCCUUGCUAAUGCGGCGUUUUUGAAUCAAGUCGUCGAUAACCCAGAGAUAUUCGGGCAUGACCCAGAUGAUUUCGAUGAUGGGGGAGAAAAUGUCGAUGGUCCGACUCAUCAGCUUGAUAUCUUUCAAGUUUCGCAUUCUCAAUAUCAGGGGCAUUCGCAUUCACAUAGCCACUCACACGGAAAUCAUUCUCAUUCGCAUUCAACACCACACAGUCAUGGCUCUCAUUCCGACCCUAGGAAAAGACCAUAUCGACCUACUGACUCUGAUAUGGACAAGCUUCGAAGCACUAUCAAGCAAUUUGUUCGCGAUUGGAGUGAAGAGGGCAAGGUAGAACGUGAUGUCUGUUAUGAACCAAUGAAGAAAGCCCUGCUAGACCAUUUCGGCGACAUAUCUGCGGAAGAGAAGUCAACGCUACGAGUCCUAGUCCCUGGUGCUGGCCUUGGUCGAUUGGCCUGGGAUGUCGCGCAUAUGGGAUUCACUUGUCAGGGAAACGAGUUCUCACAUUACAUGCUUCUGGCAUCAUUUUUCAUUCUGAACCGAACUGAGCGAGUGGGAGAACACACCCUUUAUCCCUACGUUCAUUCGUUUUCCAACAUACCAAAUAAAACGGCCAUGCUACGCCCUGUUUCCAUUCCAGACGUCUCUCCUUCAUCAUUACCUCCUGGAUCUAACUUCUCUCUAGUAGCCGGUGACUUUGAGGAAAUAUACGGCGAGGAGCACGAGGAAGGCGAACCUCAAGCAGGUGAAUGGAACGCUAUCCUGACAUGUUUCUUCAUUGAUACCGCCAAAAAUAUUGUCAACUACCUGAGGAUCAUUCAUCGCAUAUUGGCUCCUGGUGGUGUCUGGAUCAACUUUGGACCUUUACUUUGGCAUUGGGAAAACAAUUCGUCGAAUGAUCCUUCGGUAGAACUCGACCUUGAGGAAGUCAAGGAACUUGCACGCCAGAUCGGUUUCGAGAUUUCGAACGAGAGGACCAUCGACACUACGUACACGAACAACUCGCAGAGUAUGCUCGGAUACGUGUACCAUGCGGCGUUCUGGACUGCAACCAAGAAAGCGGCUUGAGCAAAUGUGAUCCAUUAGAAGUUAAAACGACGAGCCAUUUCUGUAUUCACGAAAUAGAUCUUUCAACCGGUAGACAUCACUUCUCUGAUGUCUACUGUAGGUUGGAAGAUAGGAAGUUCAACGCUUCAGGGUGGCCAUGAAGUAGCAAGAAUCUCCUAUCCAUCUUAAGAAUCAGCAAGGCGUUCAUGUGAACAGUGAAUUGGGUAUCCAUAGGUCGUUUGUAGAUUAGAGCAAAUUUCCAAAAAUUGGCUACAAUACAUGAUCGUUACACAUAUCCCUAGUCAUGAGUCAUGACAAUCAUCU